CCCGUAGUAGCUCUUUCGGUGCUAUUGAGCCAUAAGCAGGUUUCCUGAAGAAGAGAAGAGUGAUAGAUCAAAAUGCCGUCAGACCAGGAGGAAAACAUCAGCCGUGUUGGUAAGAGCCUCCCUGAUGACCACCCCAGCAAACGGAGAUGCUUGGUGUCAGUCGCUGCUUCUACCUCUGACUCUACCAGAUCCAUCCAUCCCGAUGAGGAAGGGGCUUUCACAGUGGAAGAGGUCAACUGCUCUUCUCCUGUGAAGGCAGGUGGAAAGGAAGAUGUGGCUGAAGAAAGAGAGGCGAUAGUAAACCUGGCUCCCGAAAGUCACUGCUCGUACGUGGAAGAUAUAUCAGCUCCCAAAUCCUCCAAGAAGAAUUUUCUCUCAUUCAACCUCUCGGAGAUUCCCAAGCCUUCUUCUUUCCCAACUUUCUACGUGAUGUACCCACCCUACUUAUAUAGUAGCCCUUGGUGCAACUUCCCCAACCGCUGGCCCAGUAACUACAAGCCGGGUUCUUAUCAGUCAUUCAGCAGCAGCUGCCAUCUAGGCAAAAGCCACAGGAACAACUUCGGCUUUCCUUCCCUGGAGUUUGUCCAGAGAGGCCCCCGAAACCAGUCCACAGGCUCAGAAAUGACGGGGAAUAGGCAGCCCCAGCAAGGUCAAGUCCCACAGAAUUGUCAGGAAGAAUUAGAGGCAAGGGAGAAGGAAACACAAUGGAAAGCAAACUCAUCUCUAUCUCAAGAGGAGCAAGCCAUUUCCCCUUUUAAUGGUCAGCCGAUCCAGGGCAUCUCCAACGCAUCCCCCUGGCACUUACAGGAGGGCUUCAUUGACACCCACUGUCGCCUGGACGUUCUCUAUGGCAAGCUGUCAUUCCAGGGCCCUUUUGCCAAGUUGAAAGAGUUUUUCAAAAGCUCCUUUGCCAACGAAUUCCAGGGCUGCAUCACCAACUUCUGUGACCCCCGCACCCUCAGGACAUACCCGUGGAGGGAUAUGUUGGAAGAAGACCAUGUGUGGGGGACAUUUGGCUGCCACCCUCAUUUUUCCCGCGUCUACAGUGAGCGUCAGGAAAAGAACAUCGUGAGUGCCUUGAGCCACCCGAAAGCUGUUGGAUUUGGGGAAAUUGGACUGGACUAUUCUCAUAAAUGCACAAUUUCAGUUUUUGACCAACAAAAGGUGUUUGAAAGGCAGUUACAUUUGGGUGUAGCUUUAAGAAAGCCUCUGGUAUUAUACUGCAGAGAAGCCGAUGCCAAUAUGCUGGAGAUAUUGAAAAAAAUUGUGCCUUCUGACCACAAGAUCCACAGGCACGGCUUCAUGGGUAACUACAAUACCAUUAAGCCCUUCCUAGAGUACUUUCCAAACCUGUACGUGGGAUUCACUGCCAUUUUGACUUAUUCCUCUGCCUGGGAAGUACGAAAAGCUGUGAAACAGAUACCCUUGGAGCGGAUUGUUGUGGAAACAAAUGCACCCUACUUUCUUCCUUAUAAGGUUCCUAAAAGCUUGAUCAGGUAUUCCCACCCAGGGAUGGCCCUGAAAGUAGUGGAAGAGAUUGCCAAGCUGAAAAACGAGUCCCUCAGCCAUACCUUGGCAAUCCUGAAGAAGAAUACUUGCCACCUUUACAACCUGUAGAAGCUGUUUGCUCUGGAGCUGGGUUUCAAGAUUCUCUGACUAUAUUCUUUUCUUUCAUUUUAACUUACUGUUUGUUAUAAAUCAAAGAAAGUAAGAAUGU